AGACAGCACUCCGAAGCAGUCAUCUUUAGCCUCUUUAUUAUCCAUCCCACUGGGAGCCAGGCAAAUACAUCGUCAAGAUAUAAGAGAAGCAAGAGAACGUCCUCCAAAGACAACAACUCGACAAAAUGCAGUUUUCCAAGAUCCUCGCAGCCCUCACCCUCAACGCCGCGGCUGUCACGGCGGCUCUGAGCCUCACCCCGGACCACGAAACCGGCCUCGCCCUCACAGAGGCCUGCGCGGCUUUGUCUGCGCCCCUGACCGCCCCGGAGGCGAGGGACGAGGGUAGUGCUCUCCAGAAGCGGCGCUGCGCGUGGAGAAGCUGCGAUGAUUGCUACGCGCGCCUCGGCUCUUGCGUCAACUGCUCCAAAUCGGGCUGGGAUUGCGCUGGAUGCAUUGCCCACUGCGAGCGGACGUGCUGCUAAGCUACGUUGGACUUGAGGCAGCUGUUCCUCCACACAGAGACUUUGUGGAGAAGUGGAACUGAGGGGAGGGAUGACACCGUCAACAAACAUCACCAAAGUUUUCUUCAAGGC